AACACUCACUAUCAAAUAAACAAGAACAUUCAUUAUUGAAUAAUCAGGAAUAUUCGUCAUUGAAUGAUCAAGAAAUUACAUCAUCGGAAACUAUUGAACAAAUUGAUAUUACGCUCUUAAUUUCAGAAAUUAUCGAUCUUACUAAUUUGUCACUUGAAACUGAUAGCUGA